GAAAAAGCCUCUGGUACCUUCUAGUCUGGCAAAAUGCAGCACAAAACUCAACUUACUCUGUCCUUUCUGCUGUCCCAGGUUCUGCUGCUUUCAUGUGCAGAAGGUUUAGAAUGUGUCCCUGGUUUCCAGCAAAAGGUUUUUUAUAUUGAGCAGCCACUUGAAUUCACAGAGGACCAGAGAGUUCUGAACCUGGAAUUUGAUGACUGCAAGGGGAAUAAUAACUUGAACUUCGAAGUUUCUAACCCGGACUUUAAGGUGGAAAGUGAUGGGUCUCUAGUUGCACUAAAGAACAUAUCAGAAGCUGGCAGAGCCUUGUUUGUCCAUGCACGGUCUGAGCAUGCUGAGGAUAUGGCAGAAAUUUUGAUUGUUGGAGCAAAUGAAAAACAUGGUGAAUUAAAGGAAAUCUUUAAGAUUGAAGGCAAUCUUGGAAUUCCAAGACAAAAAAGGGCUAUUUUGGCAACUCCAAUAUUAAUUCCUGAAAAUCAAAGACCACCAUUCCCCAGAUCUGUUGGCAAGGUUAUCAGCAGGGAAGGGACAGAGGGAGCAAAGUUUCGACUCUCUGGUAAGGGAGUAGAUCAAGACCCAAAAGGAGUUUUUAGAAUCAAUGAGAUCAGCGGGGAAGUUUCUGUGACCCGAACCCUUGACAGAGAAGCAAUUGCCAAUUAUGAGCUUGAAGUUGAGGUCACAGAUAUAAGUGGGAAAACCAUUGAUGGUCCAGUCCGCCUCGAUAUUUCUGUUAUCGACCAAAAUGACAAUAGGCCAAUGUUCAAAGAAGGACCCUAUGUUGGUCAUGUCAUGGAGGCAUCCCCUACAGGAACCACUGUGAUGCGUAUGACAGCUUUUGAUGCUGAUGACUCCAGCACAGACAAUGCUCUUCUGAGGUAUAACAUCCUCAAACAGACACCUACCAAGCCAUCUCCAAAUAUGUUCUAUAUUGACCCAGAAAAGGGAGAUAUUGUCACAGUGGUGUCACCUGUUCUCUUGGACCGUGAGACUAUGGAUACCCCGAAAUACGAGCUAGUUAUAGAAGCUAAGGAUAUGGGUGGCCUUGAUGUGGGACUAACAGGCACAGCAACUGCCACCAUUCUUAUCGAUGACAAAAAUGACCAUCCACCAGAAUUUACCAAAAAAGAGUUUCAAGCCACAGUGAAAGAGGGAGUCACAGGUGUCAUAGUAAACUUAACUGUUGGUGACCGAGACGACCCGGCAACAGGAGCAUGGAGAGCUGUCUACACCAUUAUUAAUGGAAAUCCAGGGCAGAGUUUUGAAAUCCACACUAACCCCCAGACUAAUGAGGGAAUGCUCUCUGUUGUCAAACCUUUGGACUAUGAGAUUUCAGCAUUUCACACGCUGCUGAUCAAAGUAGAAAAUGAAGACCCGCUGAUUCCAGACAUAGCCUAUGGCCCCAGUUCCACAGCAACAGUUCAGAUCACUGUUGAGGAUGUGAAUGAAGGCCCAGUUUUUCACCCAAACCCAAUGACAGUGACGAAACAAGAAAACAUUCCUGCUGGCAGUGUUGUGUUAACAGUGAAUGCCACUGAUCCAGAUACUUUGCAACAUCAGACUAUCAGGUAUUCAGUGUACAAGGACCCAGCAGGCUGGUUAGAAAUUAACCCCACCAAUGGUACCAUUGGCACCACUGCAAUCCUGGACCGGGAGUCUCCCUACGUUCAGAACAACGUGUACACAGCUCUUUUCCUGGCAAUAGACAGUGGUAACCCUCCUGCUACAGGUACAGGAACUUUACACAUCACCUUGGAGGAUGUCAAUGACAACGUCCCAGCCCUUUACCCAACACUGGCUAAAGUUUGUGAGGAUGCAAAAGAUCUCAGGGUAGUGGUACUAGGAGCAUCAGACAAAGAUCUUCAUCCCAACACAGAUCCAUUCAAAUUUGAACUGAGUAAGCAAUCGGGCCCAGAGAAAUUGUGGAGAAUCACCAAGCUUAACAAUACUCAUGCACAGGUCAUCCUGCUUCAAAACCUGAAAAAGGCCAAUUACAACAUCCCAAUUUCAGUGACAGAUUCUGGAAAACCACCUCUGACUAACAACACAGAACUGAAAUUACAAGUGUGUUCCUGCAAGAAAUCCAAAAUGGACUGCAGUGCAACUGAUGCCCUUCACAUCAGCCUGACCCUCAUCCUUCUUUCACUCUUCAGUUUAUUUUGUCUGUAAGAAACUCCUGACAUUUGAAGCUGUCCUACUGAGUUGCCAUGGCAACGAGACGAAAAAAAGACACCAUCAGAUCUGAAGAUUGCAGUUUACAGUUACUGUUCUUCACUACUAGGCCUCAGUUGCUCCAGAUCCAGUUUAAUUUGCAGCCUCACUCAAUCUGUCCAACUGUCCGUUGGUGUUUGACAACCUGCCCUGACUGCUGUUCCUGAACAGAUUCCUUCUGCAAGACACCAGGCUUAUGCGAGUUUUCUCUGAAUGUUCAAAGACCAUGACAUCUAAAAUGGACCUUGGGGGAGGAGAAA